AUGUCUGCUACCAACGUGGAGAAGGUUGCUGAUGCCACCGUUAAUGACCUUGCCAACACUCUGAGCAACACCUCUAUCAAUGACAAGGCCGCCGCCAACGAGGCCGCCUCUGCCUCCGCCGCAGAGGGCCGUCGUCUGUACAUUGGCAACCUGGCCUACCCGACAACUGAGGGAGAGUUGAAGGACUUUUUCAAGAACUAUCUUGUCGAGUCUGUCUCCAUCCCCAAGAAUCCCCGCACCGACCGUCCUGUCGGCUACGCUUUCGUCGACCUCUCGACCCCCACCGAGGCUGAGCGUGCCAUUGAGGAGCUCUCCGGCAAGGAGAUCCUUGAGCGCAAGGUCUCUGUCCAGCUCGCUCGCAAGCCCGAGCCCGCUGGCGAGAAGGUUGAAGCUUCCAACGGCGAUGGUGCCGGUGCUGAGGGCGGUCGCCGUCGCACUGCUGGCCGUGGCCGUGGCCGUGGUGGUCGUGGCGCCCGUGGUGGUCGUGGUGCCCGCACUGGACGCGCUGCCGAGGGUGAGGAGAAGAAGGAAGGCGAGACUGGAACUGCCGCACCUGCUGCAACCACUGAGGCUGCUGCUCCUGCCCCCGCUGCUGACGCAGAGACGGCCAACACUGAGGUUCAGCCACUUAAAGACAUUACCAACAAGAAGGCAACUGACACGACAAACAAGGCUUCCAAGAAAGAGCCUCGCGCGCCCCGUGAGCGUCGUGAGCGUGGUCCCCCAGCCGAUGGCGUAGCUUCCAAGACCAAGGUCAUGGUCGCCAACCUGCCCUACGACUUGACCGAGGAAAAGCUUAUCGAGCUCUUCAAAGCUUUCGAGCCUUCCUCUGCCAAGAUUGCCCUGCGCCCCAUCCCCCGCUUCAUGAUCAAGAAGCUGCAGGCUCGUGGUGAGGCUCGCAAGGGCCGUGGUUUUGGCUUCGUUACCCUGGCAACGGAGGAACUGCAGCAGAAGGCUGUCAACGAAAUGAACGGCAAGGAGAUUGAAGGCCGUGAGAUUGCCGUCAAGGUUGCUAUCGACAGCCCUGACAAGACUGAUGAGGAGGCCAACGCCCCCGAGGGUGAGGCCACUGGUAAGGACGCUGCUGCUACUGAGGCUCCUGCCGCCACCGCCACCGCUUAA